AUGGGUGCAGACUACUACAAACUACUAGGCGUAGACAAAAGUGCUAGCGAAGACGAAAUAAAGAAGGCUUACAAGAAGGCAGCUCUCAAGUACCACCCAGAUAGAAACAAGGGCUCCGACGAAGCUGCUGAAAAAUUCAAGCAGGCGUCUGAAGCUGCAGAGGUAUUGACAGACUCCAACAAGAGAACAAUUUACGACCAAUAUGGUGAAGAAGGCUUGAAAGGUGGCGGUGGUCCAUCACCUGGCGCCGGCUUCGAAGGAUUCGGCGAUGCUGGUGGUGCCUUCCCUGGUGGAUCAUUCAACUUCUCCAGCAGCGGCGGUAGACCAGGUGGCUUCCAAGCCAGUGACCCAAUGGACAUCUUUGAAAUGCUCUUUGGCGGUAAAGGUGGCAUGGGAGGCGGAAUGGGAGGAAUGGGUGGUAUGGGAAGCGGCUUUGGCUCUUCCAUGGACGAUGACUUUGGCGGAUUCUCUUCAUUCGGUGGCAUGCCUGGUGGCAUGGGUGGUGGUGGAAUGGGCGGUGGAAUGCCUGGUAUGGGCGGUAGCACACGUUCCACUCGCUCCAAAGCUCCUCCUAAAGAUGAGGGUCCUUCAGAAUGGACCAAGAACGUGCCUAUAUCCUUAGAAGACCUUUACGCAGGCGUGCACAAGAAACUCAAGAUACAACGCAAGCAUCUCUCAGGCAGGAGCGAGGAUAAGAUACUGGAGUUCAGUGUUAAGCCAGGAUGGAAAGCGGGUACUAAAAUUCGUUUCAACACCUCAGGAAAUGAAGUUAGUCAAGGUAAAUUCCAGGAUAUAGUCUUUGUCGUGGAAGAGAAACCUCACUCUACAUUCAAACGUGAUGGCGACGACGUGGAAGUGCACCAAAAGGUCAGCUUGGUCGAUGCCAUGUGCGGUACCGGUAGCAAGACAUUCAAGAUAAGACAUCUCGAUGGUCGUUUGAUUGAAAUCAACCCACCUUCCGGUAUAAUACAACCUGGCUCUGUCACCAAGAAGUAUGGUGAAGGCAUGCCAAUCUCCAAGAAGGAUGCUGCAAAGAAGAAGGGUGAUUUGAGGGUCGUUUGGGAUGUCGAGCUACCGAAGACACUCAAUCAACAGCAGAAAGAUUCCAUAAGGAACACUCUCACAUAG